AUGGCCCCCAUGGGCAUCCGCCUGUCCCCGCUGGGGGUGGCCGUGUUCUGCCUGCUGGGGCUCGGCGUGCUCUACCACCUCUACUCGGGCUUCCUGGCCGGCCGCUUCAGCCUUUUCGGCCUCGGCGGCGAGCCGGGCGGCGGGGCGGCGGGGCCCGCGGCCUCGGCCGACGGGGGCACGGUGGACCUGCGUGAGAUGCUGGCCGUGUCGGUCCUGGCGGCCGUGCGCGGCGGCGAGGAGGUGCGGCGCGUACGCGAGAGCAACGUCCUCCACGAGAAGUCCAAGGGGAAGACGCGCGAGGGGGCGGACGACAAGAUGACCAGCGGGGACGUGCUGUCCAACCGCAAGAUGUUCUACCUGCUCAAGACCGCCUUCCCCAGCGUGCAGAUUAAUACGGAGGAACAUGUGGAUGCAGCUGAUCAGGAGGUGAUCUUGUGGGAUCGGAAGAUUCCUGAGGACAUCCUAAAGGAAAUAGCCACUCCCCAGGAGGUGCCGGCAGAGAGCGUCACCGUCUGGAUUGACCCACUGGAUGCCACGCAGGAAUACACGGAGGAUCUUCGGAAGUAUGUUACUACUAUGGUGUGUGUGGCUGUAAAUGGUAAACCUGUGCUAGGAGUAAUACAUAAGCCAUUUUCUGAAUAUACAGCCUGGGCGAUGGUAGACGGUGGGUCAAAUGUGAAAGCCCGCACUUCUUACAAUGAGAAGACCCCAAGGAUUGUCGUGUCUCGCUCGCAUUCAGGAAUGGUCAAACAGGUGGCUCUUCAGACUUUUGGAAACCAGACUACCAUCAUCCCCGCGGGUGGAGCUGGUUAUAAAGUUUUAGCACUCUUGGAUGUGCCUGAUAAGAGUCAAGAAAAAGCUGAUCUAUAUAUCCAUGUGACAUACAUCAAAAAGUGGGAUAUCUGUGCUGGCAACGCCAUCUUGAAAGCCCUCGGGGGGCACAUGACCACCCUGAGUGGUGAAGAAAUUAGCUACACUGGUUCCGACGGUAUUGAAGGGGGGCUUCUGGCCAGCAUUAGGAUGAACCACCAGGCUCUGGUCAGAAAGCUCCCGGAUCUGGAGAAGACGGGACAUAAGUAA